AUGACGAAAACCAGCAGAAAUCUAUCACCACAAUUGACUUCUACCCCGCUGCAUUACCAUGACCCAGGCCUAGCCAUCGUUCCUCUAUGCCCCAGCUUUGGCACUCGUUAUCUUUAUCUUAAUCCGAGGUCGAUCUGCAGUAUCCUCUUGCCCUUCUCCAGAAGGAUGCAAGGCGCCAAAAGACAUCCAAGUAUCGUUAGAAUUCAGGGACUGUUCUAUUUUUGUGAUGUUCUUCCUAAUUUUGGCAACAGAGAUGCCUUGAUAGUCUUUACAGCAGAACCUUCCCAUGAUUGA